AGGGAACUGCUGGCAGAACAGCGGGCACAGUGGCAGAAGGUUCUCCUCCAGGCGCUCAGGGAGAACAAGAUGAUCCUGACCAAAACCAACACCAGGGACUACAAGCUUAACCUUUAUCCAUAUCUCUGUCUGCUGGAGGACAAGGAGUACGUUGACAUUAUGAUACAGAGUGUUUCUAACCUGCCUCCUAGUGGGGAGUCCCUGAAGAUUUUAGCUCAUGAUCUGGGCAACAGAAUCUACACCAAGUACUGUGUGAGACAGAAGCACCAGAAUUGCAUUGUAGAAAAGCUGCAAAGUAUUUAUGGUGCCUACACAGAACUGCUGGCCAAAGAUACCAAGGUAAAAAAUAAAUAA